AUGGGGCUUCAGAAGGUCCUCAUCGAGGAUCUCCACGCACAUAUCGCCAAAGUCCUCCUGCUGAAGAAAUCCGUAAAAUUUCCUAGCUGCCUCACGCCACUGUUCCUCUCGACUGCGUCUUUUGGCGACAAUCAGCAUGACAGUGAAUCUUCAGCCAUAACCUACCGAAGCACCCCAGAGCAAGACACACAAAAUGGCCACGAAACACAAGACCAAGACCCCAACGUCGGCACCGACACACCCCAUCCAUCUCCACAACGCGUUCGCUUUCAAUCUGCCUCCGAUAUUCGAUACAAUGCGCCUCCCAGUGAAGAUGCGGAAAAUAAACAUUCAGAACGAGAAACGGCGCAGCAGCAAGGCCAGCCGCACCGUCCGUCGGAGCCGUAUUUGCACGAAGGUGCUGAUAUCGCGGAUGCGCCGUUGAGGGAGCGUACACAGGUACAGGAGGAGGAUCAAACUCACGAACAACAAGCGCAGGAGGCGCAGGAAGCAGUUGAGGCUACGGAGAAGGUUGUCAAGACGUCCAAGGCGAAAUUCCAAGCAGCGGGGUAUACGUUUGUGGGUAAGGCGCGGAGUUUAGCUGCUCGACUUGGACGGCCUGAAGCGGCGGGGGAUGAUUUCCAUCCGGGGGUUUAUCAUCCUGAAUGGGCGUCUGGUGGUCAGGUUCCGCUGGGCGAUAUGACCGACAACAAGCACAAGACGGACGAGGAGAAGCGAAAACACCAAGCUACGUCUGGGUCUGAGGCUCAUCGGUUAGUUCGGGAGGUGACGCAAGACCAAACUAGUCAUCGUCGUAGGGCUAGAGGGAAGCCUUAUCCUCGACAAGGAACAGAUGUCCGGGAUGGGGGUGACCUAGGUAUCGACUCGGGGCUGCGGUAUCGUGCUGGUGGAGGAGGAAUUCUGUCACAAUUGAUGAAAUUGAAUAAUUCCCAACAACAGCACAGCGGGGCGUCAUCUAGUCAGCCAUCUACCCUUGGGACACCGAGUGGUAAUGGAAGACAGGGAGAGAAACCGAGAUGGUACAACAAAACACCAGAUUCAUCUCCCACGAUACCAUCGUUGAACGGAGGGGCUGGAUUAAGCGGUGCAAGUACGCCAGUGUCAAGCGAUAUUCUGACUGCAGCCUCCAAGCGACGCAGCAAGCAGUCGAAGAAUAAUACCAGGCUGGAGGACGAGAUCCGAGUGACAGUCCACAUUGCAGAGAUAAUCGCCCGGCAGCGAUAUAUCAUGCAACUGUGCAAGGCGUUGAUGAGAUUCGGAGCACCAACACAUCGACUGGAAGAGUAUAUGCAAAUGACAGCCAAAGUCCUCGAAGUGGACAGUCAGUUUCUCUACCUUCCAGGCUGCAUGAUCAUGUCUUUUGACGAUGCCUCGACACGAACGACAGAAUUCAAACUCGUCCGAACAGCACAGGGCGUCGAUCUCGGCCGGUUGGCAAGCACACACAGCGUGUAUAAAAACGUCGUACACGAUGUCAUUGGCGUCGAAGAAGCCAUCCAGGAACUCGAAGACAUCAUGAAGCAAAAGCCACGAUUCAACAAAAUCAUCAUCGUCCUCACCUACGGACUCGCAACCGCAAUGGUCGGUCCAUUCGCCUUUGACGCCCGCCCAAUCGACCUCCCCAUCAUCUUCAUCAACGGCUGCUUCCUCGGCCUCCUCCAACACGUCCUCGCACCCCAUUCCGUCCUCUACUCCAACGUCUUCGAAGUAACAGCCUCAGUCCUCACAUCCUUCCUCGCCCGCGCAUUCGGGAGCAUCCCGCACGGCGUCAUCGACGGCAAACGCAACUACCUCUUCUGCUUCUCCGCCAUGGCCCAAUCCUCCAUCGCCCUCAUCCUCCCCGGCUUCCUCGUCCUCUGCAGCAGCCUCGAGCUCCAAUCCCACCAAAUGAUCGCCGGCUCCAUCCGCAUGGUCUACGCAAUCAUCUACGCCCUCUUCCUCGGCUACGGCAUCACCGUCGGAACAACCAUCUACGGCCUCAUCGACCCCAACGCGUCCUCCGAAAUCACCUGUCCCAGAACCGGGUCCUUCAAAAACCCCUACGUCGCGCGGUUCCCCUUCGUCGUCGCAUACGCCUCCUGUCUCGCCGUCGUCAAUCAGGGGAAAUGGAAACAGGCACCCGCGAUGGUCUUCAUCGCGCUGGCCGGCUACGUGGCGAAUUACUUCAGCACAAAACGGCUCGGCAGUAACUCGCAAGUCGCCAAUACCGUCGGCGCGUUCACGAUCGGCGUCAUGGGGAAUUUGUACAGUCGGAUCUGGCACGGGCAUGCGGCGACGGCGAUCCUGCCUGCGAUAUUCGUGCUCGUCCCGUCUGGUCUUGCGGCGAGUGGAUCGCUCAUCUCGGGCGUUGAAUCGGCGAAUGAGAUACGCACGAAUGUGACGCAGCAUGGGGGAGGGACGCAGCCCGGGGCAGGGCUGGCGCAGCGCAGUUCGGUGUUUAAUUUGGGGUUUGGGAUGAUUCAGGUGGCGAUUGGGAUUACGGUGGGGUUGUUUUUGGCGGCGUUGGUUGUUUAUCCGUAUGGAAAGAGGAGGAGUGGGUUGUUUAGUUUUUAAUCAGUCUUUAGAUUCGUGUUAUUUGGGUUAUUUUGGUUGAUUGAUUAUUGUAGUUCUAUGUAUGUAUUAUUAUUUUGCACAGCAAAUC